UGGUAAUUAUAUAUUACUCUAUAAAGAUUUUGCAGGUUAAUAAUCUUAGUUUCGCUUUGAGACAAUUUGAAGGGGGUUGGUUGUUGUUAGGCCAAUAUGGACCUGUCUCAGAGAUCCUUUGACAUUUUUAUGGUUCUGUUUAUCAAAUCAGUCUUCUUAGACCUGUUGUUCUCUAAAAUAUUCCCAUAGGCAACAGAAACCCACCAUUUAAUGUAGGGAAAUAGUCAAGAAAGAAACUUUUCUAAGACUUACUAGCAGAGCUUUGAACUAGAUUCAUUAGGGGAAGGGAGAUGCUUCUGAGUGUCAGAGAGGAACUAGGAAACACCAGCACUCUUCACCCAGCACUCACGAAUGGUGAAGAGGCCAUUCUAUGAUUCUGUGAGUGGUAUAUUAGGUGCUGUGAUUUUCUGCAUCUUAUUACCUAAAACCAAAAGGAUAUGAAAACUUAAAAUGAAUAAGCUUUGACUUAUAUGCACACUGUUGAUGCUUUUAAUUUUCUUUUUGAUCUUUCUUUUUGAUUUUUUUUUUUUUUUUUUUUUGGUGGCUCAUGUUAUUUUGUUAAAUAUCUGUUUUGUUUUCCAGAAGAUACUUUUGCUAGGUAAACUUGUUGGUUCUGAUAGUAAAUCCUUACUGAAAAAGGCUGAAAUGGUUUAUAUUAAAUUUUAUGCAUACUGGAACACUGCACAGGUGUUCCUAGUGUCAACAGGCUGUUCUUGCACUAGAAGACAAGUGUCUAGUGGAAAUGGUGGCUCACCCUUUUCUGUUUUAUUAUCUUUAAGUAUUACUGAUAUAAUUUGUUCCAGCUCUAUGUUUAUUGUAUGGGAAUUGUCCUUUAUUUUGUAGGUAGAGUAACUGAGGGAGGGAAAGAGAGUUUUAUUUGUGAUUACAGAGACUGGGUAAUUAUAUGCCUUAUUAUAAUCAGUUUACAUAGAAAUGUGAAUGACUGGGGACAUCUACUGACUUGUAAACAAAAUCAUUGUUUAUAAUGUUUAUAAUCAAUAUUUUGCAGAAUUGAUCAAAACCUAAUUUUAUUUUUUUUCUUUUUUUUUUAAAGGAACUUCAUGUUGGUGUUGCUUAUGACAGAAUAUAGUAAGCAAGGCAAAUUAGCUCCAGCCUUGUGUAAACUUUUAAUUGGCCAACAUGAUGCAAUUGGGCACGAAUUCCAGGUGGCUUUGGAAAUGAAAGAGAACUGAGUGCUCUGGCUGGAAGCUGAACGUGAUGACGGCCUGGUCUAUGGUAGGGAAGCUAAAAAUGGAGAAGAGGCACUCCAGAGAAGACAGAAAUGUGGAACAAGACGCGGGGGAAUGCAGUGCUGAAUCUGAGGAAUGGACGAGCUCAGAAAGUGAGCCUGAGCAACCAUACUUCAGAAGCAGUACUCAGUGGAGAGAAAAGGUUUCCACCAAACCGCAUCGGCCACUCUGCCGGUCCCCAUGCCUGGAUCGCCCAAGUUUUUCACAGAGCAGUAUCACACAAGACUUGAAGCUAGACGAAUGCAAAACAAAUUUGGACAAGGAAUACCAAGCUAAAAUGGAUUUUGCUUUAAAGCUUGGGUAUGCAGGAGAUCAGAUCCAGGCUGUACUAAAUAAGUUGGGAGCAGAUGCGCUCAUCAAUGAUGUUCUAGCAGAGCUUGUGAGACUUGGCAACAAAAGUGAAUCAGAGGGACAAAGCACUGCCAGCAGUACCACUGGUACUCUGGUGCCAAGAGGCCCUUGCCCAAAGGAAAUAGCAAGCCCUGAAUUGUCACUGGAAGAUGAAGUGGUGGAUAACAGUGAUAACUUGAGGCCAAUUGUCAUUGAUGGAAGCAAUGUCGCUAUGAGCCAUGGGAACAAAGAAGGAUUUUCCUGCCGGGGAAUUCAACUAGCUGUUGACUGGUUUCUGGAAAAAGGACAUAAAGAUAUCACUGUGUUUGUACCUGCAUGGAGAAAAGAACAGUCUCGACCUGAUGCACCUAUUACAGAUCAAGAAAUCCUACGUAAAUUGGAGAAAGAAAAAAUUCUCGUUUUCACCCCGUCUCGAAGAGUUCAGGGAAGAAGAGUAGUUUGCUAUGAUGAUCGAUUCAUUGUAAAACUUGCUUUUGACUCAGAUGGCAUCAUUGUGUCAAAUGAUAACUAUCGUGAUCUUCAAAAUGAAAAACCAGAAUGGAAGAAGUUCAUAGAGGAGCGGCUGUUAAUGUAUUCUUUUGUGAAUGACAAAUUUAUGCCUCCAGAUGAUCCUUUAGGACGCCAUGGUCCAAGCCUUGAAAAUUUCUUAAGAAAAAGGCCAGUUAUUCCUGAACAUAAGAAACAACCGUGUCCUUAUGGUAAAAAGUGCACCUAUGGGCACAAAUGUAAAUAUUACCACCCAGAACGUGCAAACCAGCCUCAAAGGUCAGUAGCGGAUGAGCUUCGAAUAAGUGCCAAAUUAUCUGCUGUGAAAACUAUGAGUGAGGGAGCCUUGGCCAAAUGUGGCACAGGGCCAUCCAGCUCCAAAGGAGAAAUCAGUUCUGAAGUGAAACGCAUUGCCCCAAAACGUCAGUCAGAUCCAAGCAUUAGGUCAGUAGCUGUGGAGCCUGAGGAAAAGUUAUCAGCAGCCCGGAAGUCCGAGGCCAGCUCAGUCCCGUCUCUGGUUUCUGCAUUAAGUGUGCCAACGCUCCCUCCACCAAAAAGCCAUGCAGCUGGUGCAUUAAAUACUCGUUCUGCAAGCAGUCCGGUGCCAGGUUCCUCACAGUUCGUACAUCAGAAAUCCUCACUGGAACAUAUGUCCAGUGUGCAAUAUCCUCCUAUACUAGUCACCAAUAGCCAUGGCACCUCAGUUAGCUAUAUUGACCAGUAUCCCAAAUAUGAGUCACUAGGGGACCAUGGCUAUUACUCCUUACUCAGUGAUUUCUCCAACUUAAGCAUAAGUAGUAUCCGUAACUCAGAUUAUUACGGGGCUGAUAUGGACCAGGGGAUGUAUUCUAGAAACUCAAGCCCCUGUCCUGACAAUUGCUUAAGCCAUACAAGUAAUGAUUCUUAUUCCUCUUACAAUGACUUGUAUCUGGGUGUAGCAGAUGCCAGUCCAGAAGACAAUGUGAAGAGCCACAGACUGCCAUCGAAAAAUCGUCUUCAGCCUUUCCCUCAUGGUUACCAUGAAGCCUUAAAUAGAGGUCAGAGUUAUGGAACUGAAGAGCCUAAGCAAUCCCUUCGCAAACAGUCAGUGUCCCACUUAGGCCUACAUGCCCAGCAUCCAGUUGUUGGAGCACGGUCCAGUUGUCCAGGAGAAUACCCUGUGCCUCAAAAUGUUCAUCCAUCAACUGCACAACCAAGCCGUGCCUUGGUGAUGACAAGAAUGGACAGUAUUUCUGACUCACGGCUUUAUGAAAGUAACCCUACAAGGCAGAGACGACCACCUCUCUGUCGAGAGCAGCACGCCAGCUGGGAUCCAUUACCCUGUGCAUCAGACUCUUACACUUACCACUCGUAUCCACUGAGUAACAACCUCAUGCAGCCAUGUUAUGAACCUGUCAUGGUAAGAAGCAUGCCUGAGAAGAUGGAGCAGCUCUGGAGAAAUCCCUGGAUUGGGAUAUGUGGUGAGCCACGGGAACCUCAUAUCAUCCCAGAACAUCAGUAUCAAACAUACAAGAACCUCUGCAAUAUUUUCCCUCCAAGUGUUGUCCUUUCUGUGAUGGAAAAGAAUCCCCACAUGACAGAUGCACAACAGCUGGCAGCUAUGAUUGUUGCCAAAUUAAGAACAGGGCGUUAG